CAACAAUUCUCCCUGCGACCACGGACAGGACCACACAACGCCGUCCAUGGCUCACCCGAGACACCUCAUCGCUCCGCUAAGCAGGAUAGCACGUCCUUCCAUUGCCCUUGCCAGACCCGAGGUACCGCGACUUAUCCCCAAUACGUUCCAAUCGAUACGAUGCGCCGCAAACAAGACCCCCAAGACCCCCAAGAGGAAGAAGAAAGUCAGCAGCGUGUUCAGGCAGUAUGAUCUGAGAAAUGCGGAACAGUUCUCGCUCGUUGAUGCGAUGCAUUAUAUCCGCGCUUUCGAAGUCGGUCAGAACACAUCGUCGGUGAAAUACGAAAUGCACGUCCGCUUCCGCACCCUCAAAAACGGCCCCGUGGUCCGCAACCGCUUACGAUUGCCGCACGCCGUCAAGACGGACAUGAAAAUCUGCGUCAUCGCGCCGCCGAACAGCAAAGCCGCCAAUGAAGCUCGCGCGGCCGGCGCCAUUCUCGUGGGAGAGGAAACGGUUUUUGAGCAAAUACGUGAAGGGAAGAUCGACUUUGAUCGGUGCAUCUGCCAUACCGAAUCGCUGCAGAAGUUGAACAAGUCUGGAAUAGCGAGGAUUUUGGGUCCGCGAGGAUUGAUGCCCAGCUCGAAGAUGGGAACGGUCGUGGCGAACAUUGGGUCUACGGUUCAAGACAUGGUAGGUGCGAGUGAGUACAGGGAGAGGAUGGCUGUGGUGAGGAUGGCUGUGGGACAGUUGGGUUUCACUCCCCAGCAGAUGCAGGCCAACAUCAAAGCAUUCAUGGACUCAAUCAAGAAGGAUGUCGCGCAACUCAAUGAUCGGAUAAAUAAGGAGAUUCACGAAGUGGUUCUCAGCUCCACCCACGCGCCAGGGUUCACGCUGAACGGCGAGUUCAAAGGUGCUAAUUCGAUAGAGCCUCAGCUUUUGGCGGGGCCCCUGUAA